AUGGGAACAAAUCUCAAUCAAUUCUUCAACCAUGGCUUCCGCUCUUCUUCGAUCAACUCCCGCCCUCCGCGCUGGCCUGCGCGCCCGCUCUACUCCCUCGCGGCCAUGGCUAGCACCAGCUUCGUCCGCGGCAAGGCCACUCUUCCCGACCUUCCUUACGACUACGGCGCUCUUGAGCCCUACAUCUCUGGCCAGAUCAUGGAGCUUCACCACUCCAAGCACCACCAGACCUACGUUACCGGCUUCAACAACGCAACCGACGCCCUCGCCGAGGCCAACCACAAGGGCGAUGCCAAGGCUGCUGCCGCUCAGGCUCCUCUCCUUAACUUCCACGGCGGCGGUCACGUCAACCACUCCCUCUUCUGGGAGAACCUUGCUCCCAACGGCAAGGGCGGCGGUGGUGAGCCCGAGGGCAAGCUUCUGACUUCCAUCAACGAGGACUUUGGUUCCUUCGAGGCUUUCAAGAAGCAGACCAACGCUACUCUCGCCGGUAUCCAGGGCUCCGGCUGGGCCUGGCUCGUCAAGGACAAGAACGCUGGCACUCUGUCCAUCGUUACCCGACCUAACCAGGAUCCCGUCACCGGCAACCUUGAGCCCCUUCUCGGCAUUGACGCCUGGGAGCACGCCUACUACCUCCAGUACCAGAACCGCAAGGCUGAGUACUUCAGCGCCAUCUGGGACGUCAUCAACUGGGGCACUGUCGCCAAGCGAUUUGAGAAAUAA